AUGAGGUCCAUAAUCAUCCUCUCAGCUCUUCAUUGUGCCAUCGCACAGAAUAUCACUCAGACUUCUUCUAUUUCAUUCUCCGCUACUCCCGUGUCGACCACUGUUCCUUCACCGACAGUCCCGCUCGAUACGCCCGUACCGGGUCAAGGGGAUUAUCCACCUGUACAAUAUCUUUGUGAGGAUGGAACGAAUACCACGUACUGCCCAGGGGUCUUGUUACAAGAUGUUCAACUUGCUGGUAUUUUCCCAGACUCCAAAACUUUUGUAGAUAAGCCCACAAACGGUACUCUCAACGAUACCCUCGCAGCGUUCAAUGCACUCGGAUCGAACGUCACUGUCGGACAAAUCGAGACCUUCGUGGAAAGUAAUUUUAAAGGCGAAGGGUUAGAUCUCGAGCAGAUCCCUAUUGAAGGAUUCAACCAGAACCCAGCUAUAUUGGAUAAUAUCUCUGAUCCGAUAUACAAAGCUUGGACUAGUAUCGUCAAUUCCUACUGGACUUUACUUAUCAGAGAGACAAACCAAUCUUCCUUGUGCAAUGGUACUUGCGAUUCGAGCUUGAUUCCUCUCAACCAUACUGUCGUGGUUCCAGGUGGAAGAUAUCGGGAGAUUUAUUAUUGGGAUUCUCGAUGGAUCAUCGAAGGUUUACUUAAAUCGGAACUAUUUGACUACGCUUGGAAUCUCUUACAAAAUAUGAUGGACUUCAUUGAUGUAUAUGGUUACAUUCCCAACGGUGGAAGAAAAUACUACGUGAAUCGAUCACAGCCACCCAUGUUCAUCCAAAUGCUCGAUGCUUACGUGAAAGUCACUGGAAAUACAACUAUCCUCGAAAGAGCAUUACCACUUGCAUCUGCCGAAAUGCAAUGGUGGUCCAAUAAUCGAACAUUCAACUACACUUCCCCCUUUACUGGUACAACCCUUUUGGUAGCUCACUACGCCGUGAAUAAUAGUGCUCCUAGACCCGAGGGGUAUGUUGAAGAUUACGAGACUGUUACUGGCAGUUCGCCGGCACUCAAUGAGAGUGCGAAGGCAGAGUUGUAUUCCGAAUUGGCCACAGGCGCCGAAUCAGGAUGGGAUUACUCUUCAAGAUGGUGUAAACAGCCAGUACAGAAUGUUAGCGAUAACAAUCCGGCUCUCAGAACGCUCAACGUAAAAGCCAUCAUACCAGUCGAUCUGUUGAGUCUAUUAUCAGGAGAUCAUCUAUUACUUGCAAAUCUGUACGACUUAUAUUCCAAUACGACUGGAUCGAGUGCUCCCACUACCAGUAACUCUACCCAGACUGGAAACUCGACCGAUAUUGUGCAGACCAAUUCUACCGGAACUGGUUCUUCGGGCAAUUCCUCGUCAUCUGGUGCUAGUCCUGCGUUCUACCAUCGACAACAGGCCCAAUUGUUCUCUGAUGCAGUUCUAGAUCUGUGUUGGGAUCCAGAGAAGGCUUGGUUCUACGAUUUCAACACUACUUCCAACUCCCGAUCCAACGUCUACAGUCCAGCUGGUGCUUGGCCCCUAUGGCAGAACAUCACCCCGAAUGAAAUCGCUAAUAACGAAACGGAGGCUCUCCGAUUCGUCUCUGGCGCCAGGUUCUUACUUGGAAAGUAUUCUGGUAUACCCAGUGUUGCAAGUCUGCUUUACACAGGAUUGAACUGGGAUUUCCCUAAUUCUUGGCCACCUCAUCUUCACACCACGAUCAAAGCCUUCGAGGCUCUCGGCAGACAUCACCCCAACGCAACGGUACUGUCCAAUUUGACCAUCCCAUUCUCCCAAGUGGCAUCGGGUCAACUAGGCCUGCAAGAAUCGGAACUACAACCUCAACCUCAAAGUACCAUCGGUAAUGUUUCCUUACAGACGCAAGAAGCUCAAGGUAAACCGUGGCCAUUGGCAUUGAGUAUCGAAUAUGCCAAUCGAUAUUUGGGCGCGGCGUUCUGCUCGUGGUAUUCUACUGGAGGAGCUAUUGAGGGACUUUUGACUCAGUUGCCAUUGAGCGAGUUGAAUGCGACGGGAACUUAUACGGCUGGACAAUCUGGUGUCAUGUUUGAGAAGUUCAACGCGACUGAUACAGAUGCGGCAGGCGGUGGCGGAGAGUAUACGGUCCAAGUAGGAUUUGGCUGGACGAACGGAGUUGUGCUAUGGGCAGCUGGCGAAUACGGUCAAUACCUCCCUUCACCCACUUGUCCUAUGAUCCCCAUCAUUGAGGUCACCAACAACGGUAACUCGUCGGUCUACUCUAACGGUACUGGUGCGAUCGGUAAUGAUACCGGAAGUGGUAAUGCGACGUCAAGUUUGUUGUUCGCUGGAUACAGGAUCCCGCGGGAGGAGUGGAAACGAGCUGCGGCAGAGCAUCAAAAGCGUCAAUAA